AAUGUAUUUUUAUACGUAGUUAAAAUUUUUACAAUGAAAUGUAAAAACUGCCAAAUUGAUAAACUUUCAGAAGAGUUUCCAUUUGGUACAAUUAGUUUAAGAUGUGAACAUAUUUCUUCCUGGUGUCUGAAGUGUCUUGUGAUAUAUCUGAAAGAAAAGCAUCGUCAAUGUCCUAUAUGCAAAGUUGAAUUAACACAUCAAGAAUUUAAUGAUUACUGCUUGCUUUGGGAUAAUUCAAACUUUAAAAUCGAUCUCGAAA